GAGUGUUUGGAGCAGUCUUUAAAUAACGUGUAACCGGGUGUCGGGACGCGCUCUCUGCAUCAUGGGCAUUCCCCACCUGAUUCCAUCUGCAGCUAUUAUGCCAGCGCAGAGUUCAACCUUGGGCAUCAUCUUGCUUUUCAAUUGCACGUUGUACCGCCCUCGAGCAUUUCCCCUCUCUCGCCUAAGCUUCAGCAAGCCAUAUUGUCAGGUUCCCACGGACAGCAAGUCCUCAUUGAGAAUACUUACCCAUCGUUACCUCAGCUCAGUCGCAAAAAUGGCGGACCGAUACAAGCUCAUCUAUACCGUGCCAGCCUCUCACUUGGUCGCGACCAAAGACGCUGUAUUUAAGACGGGUGCAGGGGUCUACGACGAGGGCAAGUAUGUCCAAGUUGCUUUCGAAUUGACUGGCCAGGGCCAGUUCAUGCCCGUCGCAGCAGCGGGGGUGGAUCCCCAUGCCGGCACCGUCGAUCAGCUUGAGCGGGUGCUCGAAUACCGUGUUGAGAUCCUAUGUGCUGGCCGAGAUAUUGCCAAAGCUGCGGUGGUAGCUCUCAAGAGCACGCAUCCUUAUGAGGUACCGGCGUACGAAGUGUACAAGCUGGAGGACAUGUGAGUGCCAAGCGUGGUGCCACAUCAUCCUAAUCGGCACCGUGAUAAAUCCAGUUGCCUGGGCUUGUCGAUAAAAAAUAUAAUGUUCCUCUUGUAGACUUUCAAUGUUUGCGCAACGUGGAUGCCCGCAUCUAUCUGAUGCGGUUCAGGCGCUCUCUGUUCAUUCUGACUCCGUCGUCGACAGCAUCGCUCUAUGAUAGGGUUAAACUUUUAUUCAAGCCAUGCACUAUAGGAACAAGUAACCAUACCUUUUCACCAAUCUUAUUGAUCA